AUGGGAAAACGAAUCGCGCCGGAGAGAGCGAUUUUGUUCACGAAACUCAGCGUUGCUCUGACGUGUUCCUGGCCACCUUCUCCCUUCGCCACCGAAACUCAACUUUUCUUAUUCAACGUAUUGUGGUGCACGGCGUUUGUUAGCUCCAUAGCGUUACUUUUACCGUUGAUGGCCGCGAUUUACGAAUACCGGACACAUCCAAUCGUUCUUGGAAAAACCGUGAGUCUUGCGUCGGCUGUUGCACAAGUGACGAUCAAGAUGAUGAUAUGUCGUUUCCAGCAAAAACGUUUCCAGCUUUUAUACUUCGAAAUGGAGAACUUUUGCAAACGUGCCACGAAAACGGAAAGAAUGGUGUUGGAACGAUACGUGGAGAAAUACAAAUACUUUCAUGGCGUUUAUAUACUGUGGUGCUUCCUAACCACGGCUUUUGUCAUAUGUGGCCCAUUGUACUCGUCCCAAACGUUUCCCACGGAUGCGAUAUAUCCGUUUUCACUGAAGUAUCAACCGCUGAAGAGUUUGAUUUUUUUUCAUCAAUCGUUGGUCGGUUUUCAAGCGUCGUCAGGCAUGGGCAUCGACAUUCAGGUGGCACUUCUUUUACGAUAUAUGACCGCCAGGUUCGAGCUUUUAGGAAUGCAAUUACGCAACGCGAGGUCCAACAGCGAGCUCAAUGCCUGCAUAAGAAAGCAUAUUGAACUUUUGAGGUAUAUGAAAGAAAUCCGACUAUGUGUGAAAUACUUAGUUUUGGCGACAAUGGCGACGACUACUAUCGCCGUGAUCUUCGGUAGCCUAAAUAUAAUCGCAAAUCAACCAUUAAUUUUGAAAGCUCUGUAUGCUAUUGUAGUCUUCAGCGCUGCCAUAGAAUUCUUCAUGUACGCUUGGCCAACAGAAAACUUAAUGAACAUGAAUAUGAAAAUUGGUUCUAUCGUUUACAACAUUGAUUGGUAUAACAGAAACAUCAGGAUGCAAAGGAACAUAUUCCUUACCAUUUUGAGAUCCCAAAGACUCGAGACUAUCAGGAUCAGUGGUAUCAUGACGAAACUAUCGUUAUCACAUUACGCGAAGUUCUUGUACGCGUCUAUCUCGUAUUUUAAUGCUCUUCGUAUUAUGAUCGGAAAUCCAUAG